UUUAAGUCGACACUCAAGGAUCUCUCAUCCUCGUAAUCGCGAAUCCUUUCAUGCUCGAGUAUGCUCACUUAAAAAGAAAUCCCUUGCGCAGAAAAUCUCGGGAGACUCGAGAGAUGCAUUGUCCGUCGAACGACUUGGAGGCAUUGGCAAGUGACUCAAGUAAUACUUGUCUUUUUGUCGGUAGGAAAAAGAAAACAAUUAUCACCAAGUGGCUGGAUCGAUAAAUGAACAUGAGAUGGCUGAGAGUAAAAAUAAUAAUAGGAAAAAGGAGUGUCACUAUAAAUAUUAAGUGGAGUAAUGGUAAUGGGGACAAAUCUGGUAUCCCAUUUAUUAAUAGCAUAUAUUAACAGAGCGUGCACUUGCUUCCUUCUGUCUCUGAAUGUUUACAGUGGAGGCGUUAUCAGCGUGUCCAUUGGCAGAGUCAGGGUAUGGAGUCCGAGUGUGACAUAGACGGUACCAGUGGCACCGAGGAACGUGGUACCAACAAGAGGCUUCUUGGGAAAGCUUGGUGAACAGACCGUCGGCACCGGUGCUCGUACUCCUAUAAUCGUGGCCGUGCUAGGUGCUGGGACCUUGCUACCGUUCUUCCACCGAUUGUUACAAGAGCGUCUCCAAGGGUCCCACCUAAAGAGCCCCAAGACGACAAAGAGACUCCGUUAUUGUCGGGGAGACCCAUUAUUGGCUGGCUGUAACCUGAGAAGUAAUUGAAUAUCAUUAAUGAACGAAGCAUCGAUUUUCAACGGGACUUCAUUGCCGUACGAAGUGGUUGUCAUCCGUGGAUAAGGGAUUCUGUAUUUUCAAGAGGAAAAAAGGAAACUGCUGAUCUUCGAUCAUUGAUACCAAUAACUUGAGGAUAAAUACAAAUCCAAGGAAUCGCGCAUGAAAAUUGAUUACAAGAAACCCUUCCAGUGCGUUAUCACGAGUGUCUCCAGUUACCUUAAUGAACAGUGGAUCGAAAGACUAUAGGAGGGUGAACGUUGAUUUUGUUAAAUUUCAAAAUUGCAGAGUGCCGGAGAACCCUUCUAGACAGUGACAAUUCAGAGACCACCUAGUCUCGCCUAGCAAGGGGUACCACCUCACUCUUCACGACCACUUCUACUCAUUCAUCCCUGUCCCCACCCUCGUGUGGCCAGAAGUCGAAAGUGCUAUAAAAGGCGUGAUGAUGCUGCAUGGACGCCCUUUCACGAUGGACGCACGCGUCAGGUUGUACUUCCUCGUCCUGACGUUCGUCCUCGUCGUCGAGAAUCUCUUCGUGAACGUCCAGUGCGCACCCUAUCGCAAAUUACAGAAGACCCAAAGACUCUGCUCCAAGAGUCUCAGCCAAGCACUGCACAUGGCCUGUCUUGGUCGGGGUUACAACGAGCCUUCCGGUGAGGAUAGCUAUCAAGGGUCUUCCGGUCCAGGACUCGUCGAGGAGUGCUGCUAUAAUCCUUGCAGUUUGGAGCAGCUCGAAGCCUAUUGCAAACCAGCUUCAGAGGAGAGACCGGACAGGGCUUACAACGCUCUGGACGCACCCUUCACGAUAGUCAAUCUGCCUUAUUCCUCGGUAAAGGAGAUGGUGGCACAGGAUCGUCCGGGCGCCAUGCCAAAUCACGACAGGCUGAAAAAACGUAAGGAUCGACGUCGCGACGGUCAUCCAGGAAAAAAGCAUGAGGGUGGUGCUCGUGAAAAGGGCGAUAAGGGACGCAGAAAGUGGUGUAGGUGCCGACGCCGACGUCACAAACGUCGUCGUUACGGCAAGGUUCUACAGGAAAUGGUGAUUCCUAGUGUGCCUGCCUUUCAAGUGGGAACGACGUCACCCGAACCGAUUGACUCUAUAGUGCUAUUUCCAUCAAAAUCCUAUGCAGGAUUUAAGUGACUGUUUAAGUGUACGUUACCUUUUUGCUUCCUUUAAAAGAAGGACUGCUCUUACGUUUCUAUGAGAAAGGCACGACUUAAGGCGAAUGAACGAAGGUGGUGUGUUCUCUUAUAUACUUAGAUUUAUAGGACAAAUCCCAACGAAUUUCUCAUAGUUCACUGAUCCGAAUAUAAUUCGGAUUUCAUAAUGGGAAAAUGGCGAAUUCCAUAUCCCACAGAUGUAAUUUACUCGCUAUCACAUUCAUGUAUCCAUUUCGAAUUCAAUUCGGAUAAUUGUGUAUAACUUCUUGAGAAGCGAUACAACGCUUUCCCAUAUUAUUGAGAAAGACAUGAGUUCAGAAUCGAACGGAGGCAAUGAAAGACUAUUAUAUUCGCUUUAGGUAUUUAAUGCAACUAAGCGAUCUGAUGUUGCCAGUAAUUUUAUCGUAGAAUUAAUAUCUGCCGACUGAUGAUCUCACUAGUAUUUAAUUACGAUUAAUCGACUUACAAUUAGUAUAGACAUUGUAGGCGGAUUAUUUUAUUAAACCGUAGAGAUAUUAUUCGUAAUGCGAUAUAACACUGAGAUCGUAGUUAUAUUUCCUGUGUGGGAUAACCAGCUAGCAAUAAGACUUGCGUUUUUAUGGAAUUAUAAAUCAAUUAUUAAUCAGUA